AUGUCAGCUCCUUCACCCGUCGAUGCUCCACAGCAUAUUCUUCAGCUACUGUCUGAACUUCAUCGGAAGUCAUUGGAACAGGAAGCUACUAUUUCCAAAAAGGGCAAGGUUUUUUCGUCGGAUAUUCUGGGUGAUCUGGAAGACAAACGCCAAAGCGGUAACCCGAAAGAUGAAUUUGAUCAACUCAUGCUGGACAAGUUCAUUGCCCUGGAUGAAGAUAAAUGCCAAUUCAUCUACCAGUUAAUCAACGCUAUGGGGGCCACCAAUAUUGUUGAGGCAGGAACCAGUUUCGGAGUCAGCACUAUCUAUCUGGCUCUUGCUAUUGCGAAAACGAAAGCUGCUACCGGCAAGCCCGGAACUGUGAUUGCAACAGAAAAAGAGCAGCAAAAGGCGGAAAUUGCACACAAGUACUGGGCCCAGUGUGGUGCGGUGGUUGAGCAAGAGAUUGACCUGAGGGAGGGUGAUUUGCUCGAGACUCUGAAAUAUGGACUGCCACAAAUCGAUAUUGUCCUUCUCGACAUCUGGUCAGCUCUUGCUCUUCCGACACUAAAGACUGUCCUACCACAUCUUCGGCACGGCGCAGUUGUACUGACUGAUAACACAAUAUCUGGUGCCAAAGGCUAUGCGGAUUUGUUGGCAUACUUGCGAGCCCCUGAGAAUGGAUUUCAGAACAUGACUCUGCCUUUCACCAAUGGGUUUGAGAUGAGUGUUUACCUGCCAAAGUCGAAUUAA